AUGUUGGUAGAUGAUACCUAUCUAUGGCCAGCCAAGGUCUGCGUACCAGCUCUAGCUCCACGAAUUGACAUUGCAAUCGUGACAAUUCAAGUCUUUGAAACCUGCCCAGUUACAAAGGCGACUAUGGAUUUCUAUCGACCCCUUGUCAACCUCCUAAGCGAGUACCCUCGACCUGAUAUUUGGAAUAACAAAAAGGCUACCCAACGCCCAGUUUUCGAUGUAUUAUCACUGCUAGGGGAUAGAGAUAAAGGCAUAGCCAUUGGUGUCCUGACACCAGACUUUAAAAAGUCCACAGACAACACUGCAAAUGAUGGUAACUUUUUACAAGUGGAUGAGAACUAA